GCGCACUGAGCGGAGAACAUCUGCAUUAAGAAUGGCACACUUAUCCUCAAUCACACGCCACUAAUGCGCAGGAAGAAAAGAAACCUCUCCAAAAUGCUGUUGGAUCUGGAAAUACACUUGCAGGAUACAUAUCAUGGAUUCAGUAUCGCGUUUGAUUCGAAGGAACUUCACUGAUGCUGUAUGAAUAGAUUUUUAAGUGCACAAGAGCGUGCAGUGUUUCAGCGGAGAGCGCGCGUUUGGAGAGGCGCAGAGGCAGUUCGCUGCAGAUUUUGGAUAGGAGUCUGCAGGAGACAUGGUUUGCCUGCGCCCUGUGCCAUCAGUGAGGAAUUAUCCCUCAUCAGUCUGUUCUGUGCUCUUCAUUCUGUUUUUCAUACUCGGAUGCCACCAGAGAACUUCCUGUGCAUCUGCAAGCCUUCAUGCUGGACCUCGUGUAAAGCAUAAACCUCUGCUGGAAACACUGCGCUUACCUCACAACACAGAAUAUGAGAUUGUGGCCCCAUAUGAGGUGGACCAUCAAGGACGUUACAUUUCCCAUGCCGUGGCCCACCAGCACAGGAGGAAACGCUCUACAGAUGGUCAAGGUCACGACCCCACUGUUCACUUUAGGUUCCAUGGAUUAGGGCAGGACUUCCACCUGGACCUGCAGCCGUCACAUGACCUGAUGGCACCCAGCUUCACUGUACAAACCCUGGGCAGGAGCGGCACCAAGAGCCUGCAGCCUUUUCCACAGGACGACCUCUGCUUCUACCAUGGGGUGCUGAGGUCAAAGGUCAACUCAUAUGUGGCCCUGUCCACAUGCGCGGGCAUGUUCAGGGCUCGACCACGGAGCAGUGAGAUGAAAAAGGCCACUUUGGAGCGCUCGGUGGGGAACGAGGAUGGAUUCAUCUCCAUGUAUAGCUCGCACUGCAAUAGAAAGCCGCUGCAUUCCCCCUCCUCGCCUGAGAAGGGCGCUGGUUGGGCCAUGGGACAUACAGAGGCAGAUGUGGAAGAAGUGGAUGUGGUGGCUGUAGCGAGUGUAGAUGAGCUGGUCCGGGGUACGGCGGGUGGUGGCGGCGAAUUAGCCGCAGAGGAGGAUGGGAUGAUCUGGAGAGCUGGCUGGAUCGAACGGGAGAGCUGGCUGGAGCCGAGGAGAUCAGAGAGGAACCGGGAACGGGAGCUGAUGGGAGACGGACCGGAGGAAGAGGCUUCAAUAGCAGGUGAUUGGGAAUGGGAAGUGAAGACAGGUGAUGAAGGCAGGUGA